AAUCGGGUCUACCGAGACCCGGAACAGAAUCUUGAGAUAAUAUCCCUGCCUGCCUGAUCAUCUAUCUGACUCUAAGCUUGAAAAUCGGUCCUUAAACCAUAAAUCCACACCCUCAUUUGAAACAAUAACACACUAUAUAUUUCCGAUCCAAUAAACCUGCUGGAAUCGAGGAGGUUGAAUCGUUAGGUUUAGGUCAACAAUGUCGUCGGAGCCUCCGCCCUUCCAGGAAUCAACACGAUGCGACGUUUGUAAAUGCAGUUUCAACACCUUCAGACGUCGGCAUCAUUGCCGAUGUUGUGGGCGAACCUUGUGUGCUGAACAUUCAUCAGAUCAAAUGGCUUUACCUCAAUUUGGUCUUCACUCACCUGUUAGAGUCUGCUCCAACUGUUAUAAUGAUGCAUCUCGCUCUGGAAAAUCCGAUGGGGGUGCGUCUGUGAACGGAGCAAAUUCUGUGACAGAUUCAGUUGCAAGGCUAGAUAUUAGUGCACCAUCAAAUUCUGAUACCACACAAAGUGGUGCUCCAAAUUGCACAUGUGGAAUGCCUCUAUGCAUUUGUGAGGUGGCAUCAAAUGAUGACGUGGCACCUGUGCAGCCUAAACUUGUCCCGACAUCCACAGCUCCAAAGAAAGUAGACACUGCACCGAGGAGUAGAGCUUCUUCAUCUAGAAGUAGCGGACAAUCAGCCAACGCUGGCUUAGAAAGACCACUUGCGGAGUAUGAAGUUAACGGAGAGGGGUUACGGGAAGCUAUAAAGAAUGGUGACUUAUUUUCUGUCAGAAAACUUCUUGGUGAGGGAGUGGAUGCAAAUUACUGUGACAGACAAGGAUUCUCACUCUUGCAUUUGGCUGCGGUUUUUAACAAAACUGAGAUAGCUUUUACCCUCAUGGAAAAUGGAGCAAGUCUGGACUGCAAGAAUCCUCAGGGGGAGACUCCACUUGAUUGUGCCCCUGUAACAUUGCAAUUCAAGAUGAAGAAGAAGAUGGAAGAAAUUAAACAAUCCAAGUGAACACUAAUAUCAUGGUAUCUGGAGACCAUUGACCAUUUUGUGUUUUAUUUUGACCCAUUCUCUUGGUGGUUUGCAACUGUCUUUGUGUGUUGGAACAAUACCAAAUUCUGAACUAAACUCUGGAUCAAUAAACCUAUUCCACUUGGCUCUUCUUCGUA